AUAUUUUCGGCUUUUAAAGCAAACAAUUGGAGUUUGUGCUCACAUAUAUGUGUGCCAUAGCGCUACAAACACACAACCCUCCUAUUUCUUCAUAUUCAAAUCUCUGGUUUACUAGGCAAAAAGGCAAAACAAACCUCCCUCAAACACAAGACACAAAACGAUUGUGCGUGUGGUUUGUGUCUGUUUUUAUGUGUCCCUCUGUGUGUGACUGUGAAAGAGAGAGAGAGAGAGAGAGAGAGAGAGAGCGUGUGUGUAAUGUCCCUGUGGUGGCCCAUCUAAACAUAUGGCUCACCGUCUUUGAGGAUACAAGUAAAUAAGAUGAGAAAUAGACUAGUCUCAAGACCAAAGACAGCAAGAGAGAGAGAGAGAGAGAGAGAGAGAGAGAGUGAGUGAGUGAGUGAGACUGAGAGAUAAGAUAGAGGUGGAGUGUUAUCUACAACCAUCUUAUGGUUUAUAUGGGCUUUUGGUUUUAUCUUCAGAGAAACGAAAUCAAACAAACGAGAAACCAGAUCACCAGCAGUUGGAAGUUCAUGCUUUGCAUUAGUAUAUAGUUUCUUUUUCAGGCUUUAAAUAUUUUUGGUUUGAUUCAAGUUUUCGUUUAUGGCCUUUUCUUGUCUUUUGGCAGAACGAUAUAUAUAAAGCCAUCCACUCUCUUUAAAGAAUUUGGGUACCCUCCAAAAGAAUUUAUGUUCGUUUCUUGGCUUUAGCUACUCCAAAACCAUUGUUUUCUUCUUUGUACUGUCUGAAACCUUUGAAACUUCGCUGUUUGCUUCUGCUCACUGCUUACCCACCCAUUCCAAUAUACCCCAAAUCCCCAUUUCCCCCUUUUUUCUAAUAUGCAAAUGAUGCCCGGUGACCCCUUUUCCCUAUCCACUUCCAUCGGAGCCUUCACUCAAGAGCAAAACACAAACCCUAACCCUAAACCUAACCCCCCUCCCAAGAAGAAGAGAAACCUUCCAGGAACACCAGAUCCAGAUGCCGAGGUCAUUGCUCUCUCGCCGAAGACCCUCAUGGCCACGAACCGAUUCAUAUGCGAAAUAUGCAACAAAGGGUUCCAGAGAGACCAAAACCUUCAGCUUCACAGAAGGGGUCACAACCUUCCAUGGAAGCUACGACAAAGGUCCAACAAAGAGGUAAGGAAGAAGGUGUAUAUCUGCCCCGAACAAUCCUGCGUCCACCACGACCCUGCAAGAGCGCUCGGCGACCUCACCGGCAUCAAAAAGCACUUCAGCAGAAAGCACGGCGAGAAGAAGUGGAAGUGUGAGAAAUGCUCCAAGAAAUACGCAGUCCAAUCAGAUUGGAAAGCCCACACCAAGACCUGCGGCACUAGAGAAUACAAAUGCGACUGUGGCACCCUCUUCUCCAGAAAGGACAGCUUCAUUACCCACAGAGCAUUUUGCGAUGCCUUGGCAGAAGAGAGUGCGAGACUCACCUCAGUCACCUCAACAAAUCUAAAUUUCAAGAGCGAAGAGGGUGGUAAUGUGAUGAACUCGCAGGGUGGUUUGGGAGGGCAUGGACUAAUUGCAGCAGCAGCAGCAGCACAAAGUCUUCAAAACGUUUCUGGCAUUCCACAAUUCGGGCCACAUGGUUUUCGGUUGGAUUUUAAUGGAAUGGAACAACCAAGGCCUAGCUUGUCGCUGUGGUUGAACCAGGGGAAUCCCCAGAUGAAUAAUAAUAAUAAUAAUGGUAAUGUUAACGGCAACAAUAAUGGUCCCGAUGUGGGGCCCAAUUACAUGUCGUCAUGUUCUUCCUCAGGUUUGCCUGAUAUUGUGCAAAUGGCUCAGGCUAAUGGUUUGAUGGGUUCUACAUCGAUGGUGUCUAAUUUUGGGGUGCCUGCGGGUUCUAAUUCUACCAGUGCAAAUCUUUCUCUGUCGUCACUUCCUAUUGGAAAAAGAGGGGAAGCAGGUGGAACUGUAGUGGACUUGGCGUCUAUUUAUAACUCUGAGGGUCCAAACAAGAAUUCAAAGCCUGCUUCACCUAUGUCAGCCACUGCGCUUCUUCAGAAAGCAGCGCAGAUGGGUUCCACCAGAAGCACCAACCCUUCCAUUUUCAGUGGUAGUUUCGGUGUGAUGAACUCACCUUCCUCGCAAACUACCAGUCUCAAUAAUAACAACAACGCCGCUGCAGCCAUCAUGCUGCCAAGUAAUACCACUGCUGCACCUGAUUUCACCUCAUUGACGCAUUCACCAAACACUUUUGACCAACUCGUGAUGCAAACCAAUGCGCAGCUGCAAAGUGAGCCUGUCAAGUUAAAGCUUCGUUCAAGCGCCGCGGAGCACAAUUUGACAAGGGAUUUUCUCGGAGUCAGCGGAGGAGGAGGAGGAGGAGGAGGAGGAGGUGGUGGUGGUGGACCUCAGUUCCUACCCCAAGAACUUGCAAAGUUUGCUUCCAUGGGGUCGCCUAUGGGGUUGAGCCAUUUCACCAGCAACCAAUGAACUCGUCUGGUUUCUGAGCCUGUAAAAGAACAUCAAACCGAGAAGUGUGAGAGCUUGAUCGUGUUGUAGUGUGUGGGGACCCACUUCUUGAACGAAAAGAAAAGAGAAUAUCGAAUGCCACGAGUCAUGCAUGUUCUCCCUAUUGUUAUAUUGUUGUUUUAUCUUCUGUCUUAACCAUGUUAUCGUUUUUGGCUUCUCUUCCUUGAGAGAAACGAAGGGAGGCAUAAAAUAAUGAAAGAAAUUCUUAGUAAAACGCAGAAAACUAGCAGUUACACA